CGUCUCCGCCGCCGGCUGACCAACCCCCCUCCUUCAUCGGGAUCUGGCCGAUCCAAUCCAACAACGGCCGCCACCCUCCUUGGAAUCCCCCCGAUCAAAUGCAUCCAACCACCCACUUCCUCCAUCGAUCCACCGCAUGAGAGCGAGUGCUCCCGUGCCUCCCUCGAUCCUGCUUCGCUCGACCCCGCCGUUGCCGCCUCAUCGCAAAAUGGAGCCCCGGCGACCCUCCAAUGAUCCACCGCCCGGAUCCACCCCGUGCCAUCUUAUUUUCCUUCCGGAGCUCCUUCCCUUCGUCUCAUCCCUCUCCUGUGUUCUCUGUAACAUCUCCAUGGCCGCCCGAUGCUCAAGCAGCUACGGGGAACCGCUCCUUCGGCUUGCGUUCCUCGCCACCAACCGGAGCUCCGAUGGGAUCUCGCUGGACCUCGACCAGGACCUCGCCGUCGACAUCGCUGCCAUGGAACCGCAGCUCCGCCGUCUGCCCGCUCCUCGCGGGAGUGCCUUGCAGCGCCUCGCCUCCCAGCCAUGCUUCCCGUCCUGGAUGCCCGAACAAGCUCGCCGGUGUCCUCGCACCGUCUGCCACCAGCAGAACUAGGGCCCAUGCCUCGCGCCCUCCUCUUCAUCGUCCUUCGUCGCCUGGAGUCGUCGGUUGCUCGCGCCAAGUCCCGCCGCAGCGCCCUUGUUCCUUUGUCGUGGCCCGCGCCAUCCCCGGCGAGCAAGCCACCAGCAGCGCCACAGCCGUCCUCAUCCAUGUGCUCGAGUCCACGAGCGAGGACCUCGCUGCGUCCCUGCCCAAGGACCACCCGGUCCGCCUCCGCUAGCCACCUCCUCGAUGUGUCAUCCGUCAGAUUCGCCGUCGUCGCUCCCUGCAUCGCCGUUGCCUGCUGCGACCUCCUCUGCUUUGUCCAUGCCCCUGUUUUACCCGAGGGGAACGAGCAGCGCAGCCCGUGCUCGAUCUGCUGGCACGCGUUGACCGUAACCAUGCUCCAGGCCACUUCGACGCUAAGGCCCAACCGUGGUCUCCUUUCUGGCCCAGUUCCAGUUUCGACCAGAUCUGGCCCGAUGUGAGCACCCGCCCAGCCCCCCACUGUGCUCUGUUGGGCUAGACAGAACCGACCCGCUUCAUGUUUUUUCCAUAGAACGAAUUUGCCUAUUUUUCCAGUUUACUGCAGAUUUACAGAACCACCCUUGUACUUCAUGCAUAUAAUACCUCUUUAACUAUGCCUCGGUUUAAAAUACUUUAUAUAUGAAAAAUGCUUAGAAUUGUGUCUACUUUCAUAAUAUCCAAC